UUCGGCGACGAACAUUGAUGUCGUCAUCGAGGGCCCGCCUCUCCGUCGGCGACCCAUUUCCGAACUGCAGCAGAGCAUGAGGAUCUUAUGGAGGCCAUUUGGAUUUGGAUUCUCAAGAAGACAUCUCAAAGUGGAAAGCUGUGGAAUAACUGAAUCAGAAUCAUCGAUUCCACUAGCUUGGGUGUCACUGAUACAGAAACCUAACAGAGCACCUGAUAUUUUCUCGUUGGAUCAAAGAAAAAGAUUCUCAACCAUGCCUGAAAUAGAAACAAAUCGGAGAGACUCUGAAUUGUUUUCACCACCCUCUGAUGUUCGAGGAAUGACAAAACUUGAUAGAACAGCUUUUAAAAAAACAGUCACCAUCCCAGUGCUUAAAGUGAGGAAAGAAAUAGUCAAUCAGUUGAUGCGAUCCCUUAAAAAGGCAGCACUGCAGCGCCCAGGCAUCAAACGUGUGAUUGAAGAUCCAGAAGAUGAAGAAAGUAGACUAAUUAUGUUGAAUCCCUAUAAAAUCUUUACCAGUGAUUCCUUUGAGAAAGAAGAACUCAGUAUUUUAAAGCAACUAAAUGUCAGUCCACAGAUAUCUAAAUAUGAUUUGGAACUAACUUAUGAAAACUUUAAAUCAGAAGAAAUAUUGAGAGCCGUGCUCCCUGAAGGUCAAGAUGUGACUUCAGGGUUUAGCCGAGUCGGACAUAUCGCCCACCUGAACCUUCGAGAUCAUCAGCUACCUUACAAGCAUUUAAUUGGCCAAGUAACAAUUGACAAAAAUCCAGGAAUCACCUCAGCAGUAAAUAAAAUCAAUAAUAUUGAUAAUACCUACCGAAAUUUCCAAAUGGAAGUACUUUCUGGGGAGGAGAAUAUGAUGACCAAGGUUCGAGAAAACAACUACACCUAUGAAUUUGAUUUUUCUAAAGUCUAUUGGAAUCCUCGUCUCUCCACAGAACACAGCCGUAUCACAGAACUUCUCAAACCUGGGGAUGUCCUAUUUGAUGUUUUUGCUGGGGUUGGGCCCUUUGCCAUUCCAGCAGCAAAGAAAAACUGCACUGUAUUUGCUAAUGAUCUCAAUCCUGAAUCCCAUAAAUGGCUAUUGCACAAUUGUAAAUUAAAUAAAGUGGACCAAAAGGUGAAAGUCUUUAACUUGGAUGGGAAAGACUUCCUCCAAGGACCCGUCAGAGAAGAGUUAAUGCAGCAACUGGGAUUACUGUCAAAAGAAAGAAAACACUCUGUGCACAUUGUCAUGAACUUGCCAGCAAAGGCAGUUGAGUUUCUCAGUGCUUUCAAAUCACUCUUAGAUGGACAGCCAUGCAGCAGUGAGCUCCUUCCCAUAGUGCACUGUUACAGCUUUUCCAAAAAUGCUAAUCCUGCUAAGGAUGUUCAGCAACAAGCUGGAACUGUGUUAGGUGUUUCCUUGGAGGCAGGCAGUUCAGUUCACCUAGUAAGAAAUGUGGCCCCCAACAAGGAAAUGUUAUGCAUCACCUUUCAGAUUCCUGCUGCUGUACUCUACAAGAAUCAGACUGAAAAUCAAGAGACUCAUGAUGAUCCACCUCUUAAACGCCAGAGGACAGAUAGAGACUUUUAAGAAGACAAAACACCAAUUGCUUCAAUCACUUAAUUGGAAAUAUUUUCUCUAUCUCCCCAUUAGACCUCUAUGUAGUGAAAUAUCAUUUGUAUGAUUUCAUAUUUUAGUAUUCAGUUGUUUUAGUAUUGAACCAUUUUAUAUUUUGCCUUGCUGUAUUACAAAUCAUAUUUAACUUUUUGUCAGAUAAAUAUGUUUAAAUACCGUCUUUCUGUUGGGAAAAUAGUUUUUGAAGGUGGGAUAAUUGUGCGCUACCUGGGAAAGCACUAAUCAUUGUUCGGUUAUUCUUAGUUGAAUAGUAUAGCUAAGUUUUAUAUAGGUACUUCUUUACUAUCAGCAUAAAACUAAUAACAAAUGAGAUUAUUUAUAUCAGAGAUAGGAAAACUAUGUCCAGCAGGCCAAAUCUGGCCCACCGCCUGCUUUUGUAUGACAGGUGACCUAAGAAUGGUCUUUACUCUUUUUUUUUUUUUUUUCUUUUGGCCAUGCCUAUGGCAUGGCAAUUUCCUGAGCCAGGGAUCAAACCAGAGCCACAGCAGUGACAGUAUCGGAUCCUUAAGCUGUUGGACUGGUUCUUACAUUUUUAAAUGGUUGAAAAGGAAUCAAAAGAAUAACAUUUUAUGACAUGAAAAUUGUAUGAAAUUUGAAUUUCACUGUCCAUAAAUAAAGUUUUAUUGGA